GAAUGUGUUCUUAAGACUAGCCUUUUGAGAUUUCUGCCUUAGGAAUAUAUUAACGCUGACUCCCGGCCGGUCGGACACUCCUGCUUUAUUGUGUUAAUUGCUGUUUGGGUUUUGGGGGGACUGGGGGGUUGCUUUGGGGUGGGCAGUAAACCUCUUGCAUCCUGAGCUCCUUGGAGUAGGGACCACAUAUCGCCUGUGUGAGCCCGAGAGCUCCGCGGCCGCUGACUCUUCCCCGUCUCCAGGAGGGCAUUUAAAUUUCGACUCACCGCAUUUCUGACAGCCGGAGACAGACACUGCGGCGCGUACCGCCCGCCCGCCCGUCCCCGCGGCGAUUCCAACUCGCCCUGAUCCUUUUAAGAAGUUGGCAUUUGGGCUUUUUAAAAAGCAAUCAUACAAUUUAAAACCUGGGUCUCCAGAGGUGUUAGGACGUGGUGUUGGGGAGGCGCAGGCAGAGGGAAAGGGAGACGGGGAUGUGUCCGAUUCUCCUGGAAUCCUUGACUUGGAAAAACCAGGGCGAAUCUCCGAACCCAGCCCUGACUCCCCUGCCGCGGCCGCCCUCGGAUGUCCUCGCGCCCCUGAGAUGCGGAGUGACGGCGAGGAGCGAGGGUCGGGGCUGUUCCAGAACAGCUGCUACCCUUGGCGGGUGGCUCAGGGCGAAGUAUCGCAGCGGGCUCUCUGGCGCAGUUGCGUCGCCGUAUUGAGUGGCAGGGAGGUGCCCCUGUUAUCAUUUGACAGCCCCCUUGUAUUUAUGGAGGGGUGUUAAAGCCCGCGGCUGAGCUCGCCACUCCAGCCGGGGAGAGAACAGAAGAAAAGCCGGCAAACGAAGAAGGGGGACGCAUUGGGGGCUCCCGCGACGAUGCCCCUCAACGUCAGCUUCAGCAACAGGAACUAUGACCUCGACUACGACUCGGUGCAGCCGUAUUUCUACUGCGACGAGGAAGAGAACUUCUACCAGCAGCAGCAGCAGAGCGAGCUGCAGCCGCCAGCGCCCAGCGAGGAUAUCUGGAAGAAAUUCGAGCUGCUGCCCACCCCGCCUCUGUCCCCGAGCCGCCGCUCGGGGCUCUGCUCGACCUCCUGCGUUUCAGUCACGCCCUUCUCCCCUCGUGGAGACAACGACGGCGGUGGCGGGAGCUUCUCCACUGCCGACCAGCUGGAGAUGGUGACUGAGCUGCUGGGAGGAGACAUGGUGAACCAGAGCUUCAUCUGCGACCCGGACGACGAGACCUUCAUCAAAAACAUCAUCAUCCAGGACUGUAUGUGGAGCGGCUUUUCGGCCGCCGCCAAGCUCGUCUCAGAGAAGCUGGCCUCCUACCAGGCUGCGCGCAAAGACAGCAGCAGCCCGAACCCCGCCCGCGGGCACAGCGUCUGCUCCACCUCCAGCUUGUACCUGCAGGAUCUGAGCGCCGCCGCCUCGGAGUGCAUCGACCCCUCGGUGGUAUUCCCGUACCCGCUCAAUGACAGCAGCUCGCCCAAGCCCUGCGCCUCGCCAGACUCCAGCGCCUUCUCCACGUCCUCGGACUCUCUGCUCUCCUCGACGGAGUCCUCCCCGCGGGCCAGCCCCGAGCCCCUGGUGCUCCAUGAAGAGACACCGCCCACUACCAGCAGCGACUCUGAGGAGGAACAAGAGGAUGAAGAAAUCGAUGUCGUUUCUGUGGAAAAGAGGCAGCCUCCUGGCAAAAGGUCAGAGUCAGGAUCACCCUCUUCUGGAGGCCACAGCAAACCUCCUCACAGCCCACUGGUCCUCAAGAGGUGCCACGUCUCCACACAUCAGCACAAUUACGCAGCCCCUCCCUCCACGCGGAAGGACUACCCAGCUGCCAAGAGGGUCAAGUUGGACAGUGUCAGAGUCCUGAGGCAGAUCAGCAACAACCGAAAAUGCACCAGCCCCAGGUCCUCGGACACCGAAGAGAAUGACAAGAGGCGAACGCACAACGUCCUGGAACGCCAGAGGAGGAACGAGCUCAAACGGAGCUUCUUUGCCCUGCGUGACCAAAUCCCAGAGCUGGAAAACAAUGAAAAGGCCCCCAAGGUAGUUAUUCUUAAGAAAGCCACAACAUACAUCCUGUCCGUCCAAGCAGAGGAGCAAAAGCUCAUUUCUGAAAAGGACUUGUUGCGGAAGCGACGAGAACAGUUGAAACACAAACUUGAACAGCUGCGGAACUCUUGUGCAUAAGGAAAAGUAAGGAAAAAGAUUCCGUCACACAGAACCGUCAACAUUCAUUACCUAUGAACUUGUUUGCAACGCAUGAUCAAAUGCAACCUCACAACCUUGGCUGAGUCUUGAGACUGAAAGAUUUAGCCAUAAUGUAAACUGCCUCAAAUUGGACUUCAGGCAUAAAAGAACUUUUUUAUGCUUACCAUCUUUUUUUUUUUCUUUAACAGAUUUGUAUUUAAGAAUUGUUUUUAAAAAAUUUUAAGAUUUACACAACUUUUCUCUGUAAAUAUUGCCGUUAAAUGUAAAUAACUUUAAUAAAACGUUUAUAGCAGUUACACAGAACUUCAAUCCUAGUGUAUAGUACCUAGCAUUAUAGGUACUAUAAUCCUGAAUUGUUUUUAUUUAAGUACAUUUUGCUUUUUAAAGUUGAUUUUUUUUUCUAUUGUUUUUAGAAAAAAUAAAAUAACUGGCAAAUAUAUCAUUGAGCCAAAUCUUAA